CUUGAGAGAAUGAAAUAUUUGUCGUCUCUUAUCGCGAUAACAUUUCAAUAGCUACUUUUAACAUUAUUUUUAAUGUAGCAAUAAGUAAUGGAGCGUAUGAAUUAUAGACAUUUAUCAUCCGGUCAAACGUCUAGAUUUUGUUCUCGUUAAUAUCCACUUCGUUUCUGCCUAUGGGUAGAGUCUAUAAGCGAAUAUCUUGUCAGAAAAUUAAUUGCUUCAAUCGUUUCAAUAAUCGUCCUCGAGAACUCAUCAAUCUUUAGGGUCAAAGAAUAAAAAAGAUCGCGAUGUAAAUUUCAGUUACAUCGUCGAUGAAAGAUUAAACUAUAUAAAAUAUCCUAAUCGAGUUUGACGACGGCACCGUAAAACUACGUGUAAACUAAUUAACGUGCUUUUUAUUGCACGUGUCUGUCCUAUCAUUGAGUUUAUCAUCAAAGUCCCGUUCUUUCGUUGUAUAUCUUUCUCUCGAAGGUUUUUGAACCUGGAUGAGAGAAGCGAUGAAAACGGAGCAAAAACCGUAAAAGCAACACGUACUUAAACGUUAUGUAUCCCCUAUUAGCAGGAAUAAAAAACUUUAUCAUUUUUAUUGUCCCAUACAAACAUACGACGACCUUCGAGGUCGUCGUGCUUUUGAGGUUAAGUUCACUGGUGGCGAUAUCGACUCGAACGUUUUCUCUCUUUUUCUGUUUAUUUUUCUUUUCUUUUUUUUUUUUUUUUCUUUAUUAUCUCGAACGUGCCCGAGAAUAUUUUCUCGAUGAGUAUCAUCGCACGGUAUUCUCUAUCGUCAUCGCGAAAACGUGCGAUUGGCAUUGAAAAGUUUAUCGAACCAUCAAAAUUAUUCGUCGAGAACACCUGCGACACGUUCGAUCGGAUACAUACACGUGUGAAUCCUCGCAGGAAGUGGUAGAAAUCGUCGGGCCGAUGCAAUUUAUAUAUAAAAAUAUCGAACGUGGCUCGCGAUUUCUUAAUUUCACCUACGAGUCUCGUGUUACGAGGUUAACCAAGCAACUUUCUCAUGCGGUCCGUACUUCGAUACUUUCUGUGAUAUGUCCAGGUUUAUAAAACAAGUUUGACGUGCAUUUAUCUUAUAUUCUGUGAUACGUGCAGGGUUAUAAAAUAAAUUAUGACUGUGUGUAUUUGUUACUGAUCACUCGAAAAUGUAGAAUGAGCAAGUAUUGCUAUUUCCGUGUCAAGGAUAUUAUCAAUCGAAUCCUAUGAUUCUUUUUUCCAGAAGUCAGAAAAAUGAUUUUCCUGCGUUACAUCUGCUUCUUAACGUUGUUAGUUACUGUAUGGGCGGAUUUCAACGUUUCGACGCAUGAUCUUAAAGUAUUACUUUAUCAAAAGGAAGCUUUUACCGUAUACUCGACGAAAGCCGUAACAGAGAACGUAACGGUAAGCAUAGAUAUACAGCACAAGGAUUUAAUUUCGGUCGAGCCGUCCGAAUUUAAUGUUACAAAUGAUACGUGGAAAGUACCAACCAAGAUAUACGUAACAGGUAUUGCUGCUGGACAUUCGACUCUCAAUCUGAAUGUUGUAUCUUCGAAUGCUGCACAUUUUUCGGAAGCAUUCGUUAGAGUGACGGUGGAAAAAUCGGAUACGAUUUAUCACGUUAGCGUCGUAGUCGGAUGGAUAUAUUUCUUGGCAUGGAGCAUAAGCUUUUAUCCACAGAUAUAUAGCAAUUACAAACGCAAAAGCGUCGUAGGUCUUAACUUUGACUACUUGUCGCUUAAUAUCGUUGGAUUUAUUAUGUACGCAUUGUUUAACUGUUGCUUGUUCUGGAUACCAGAAAUAGAGCAAGAGUAUUUUAAUAGGUAUCCAAAGGGAUUGAAUCCUGUGCAAGUUAACGAUAUCUUUUUUUCUCUACAUGCAGUAUUUGCCACUGUGAUAACUAUCAUCCAAUGUUUUAUAUAUGAGACUGGUUCUCAAAGAGUGUCCACGACAGCGCGUAUCAUUCAUGCGAUAUUCGCGAUAUUUAUAUUCACUUCUAUGUUACUGGCCAUAACGGUAGUAAUUGCAUGGCUCGACUUUUUGUACUACUGCAGUUAUGUCAAACUGUGUAUAACUCUUAUAAAAUACGUGCCACAAGCGUUUUAUAACUACCGAAGGAAGUCCACCGUUGGUUGGAGUAUUGGAAAUAUAUUUUUAGAUUUCACCGGUGGCAUACUGUCGAUGCUACAGAUGAUAUUGAAUGCGUACAAUUACGACGACUGGGAGAGCAUUUUCGGAGAUCCAACUAAAUUUGGACUUGGAUUCUUUUCCGUAGCAUUCGAUGUGUUUUUCAUUAUACAACAUUAUGUUUUAUACAGGGACCGUAAAGACUACUUGGACAUUCCUGGUGACUGUCAUGGAGAUUUACAAGAAGGCACUUCUAGCAACACGCUUGCUUAAUGAUAUUCCACCUUCUCAAUAUAUAUUUUUUUCUAUAUAUAAUGCAAUAAAAUUAUUUAUAAAUAUGACGAGCCGCGCGCAAAGAAAGACUACUACGAGAUAAAAAAAAAAAAAAAGACUACGAAUAUAGAAAAGGCGCAACAUUUUUACUCUUAUUAGUACAACAAAAAAAAAUCGUUUUGAAAGGAAAUAUAUUUUAUUAUUUUAUGUUGCACGCAAUAAACACGGAAAAACACGCA